AUGCGCGUAGCUGCAUAUUUUUUAGAUGAACCUGAUCUAACCGCAAGACAACGGCGGUUGACCGCGAUUUUCUUCUUGAUCCUUCCUGCUGGUGCAAUUCUUGAGCAUCUCUCCAUCGUGUUCGGUGAUUACUCGCGACGCUUCCGUCACUCCAUGUCACCUCAUUUAUGUGUAGGCGUGUGUAUGUGGGAGGUCACUGGGCAGAUGUGA